AUGUCCGUGGCCUUCGAUUUCCUCAAUAGAUUUUUCAUCGUAACGGGUGCUGGCAAGGGCAUUGGUCGUGACGUAGUACUAUCCUUGUUGCAUAACAAUGCUAGAGUGUUGGCGGUGUCUAGGACUAGAACUGACCUGGAGGAUCUGGUGGGUGCUGGUGGGGCAUCAUCUUUAGACGAGAAUAAGGCAGGGCGACUUUCGCAUCUGGCGGUGGAUGUGUCUGAUCAUGCAGUGUUUGAGACGGCAUUGAAGGACGCGUUGGAGCUGGAGGAGGAAGUUCACGGUCUGGUGAACUGUGCAGGAAUUGCGAGGUUGGAUUCUUUAUUGGAGAUGAGCAGUGAGUCUUUCGAUACCCACAUUGACACCAACCUUGGUGGGCCCUUUGUGGCUACUAAGGUGGUGGGCAAUGCGAUGAAGGAUAGAGGAAUCAAGGGCUCCAUCGUGAAUAUGAGCUCUCAAGCUUCGUCGAUAGCCUUACCCCGCCACACAGGGUAUUGCUGUUCUAAGGCUGGGUUGGAUAUGCUCACUAAGAUGACGGCUUUGGAGUUGGGUCCAUACGGCAUCCGUUGCAACUCCGUGUGCCCUACAGUUGUGAUGACCCCAAUGGGCUUGAGGGUAUGGGGAGUCGAGGAUAAGGCCAAGCCCAUGAGGGACCGUAUACCCCUUGGGAGGUUCGCUGAGAUGAGUGAGGUUACAUCGGCCGUGCUAUAUCUCCUUAGUGAUGCAUCGUCUAUGACGACUGGUAGUUCCAUCAGUGUUGAUGGUGGUUUUACUACUACUUGCACACUUAGUGGUUAA